UUCAUUAACUGUGACUUUGCUCCUCCAGUGGUCUUCAACAUGAUCAAGCUACAUUGUUACUCUAUCUGCUGUUGCACAGAAACCAAAAUGUAUCAUUUGUUUUAUCAAGAGAAGAUAUUGAUCAGCUAGAAUAAAGGAAUGUUUGAGAUGCGAAACCUAACGUACCGAUGUUGUUGGAUUGUGCAUCUAGUGCUGGGACGAUACGCUUGAUAUCAAGUUAUGUCAGGGCUUGUUGGACUUGUAACAGAUACCCACACUCAACUCACAUCAACUCAUCGUAAUAAGUCAACAUCAUGGGACACAUGGCUUCCAAUGUUACCAGAUCUCUCUGCCAAUUUCCCCUGGUCUUUGAACGAUGUAUCAAAGGUGUUAAGGCUCGGUCGAGCGCGCGAGCACUUUCGAGCCAUAUCCCCUCAAACGAUAGAAAGAGUGUGCUUCUUGCUACAAAGACCCUUGCUUAGGAUCGUCAUAGAAGCAGAGAGAUUGUCGCAUGAAAUGGAAAGAUGCACAAAACGCGAGCUACAAACGAGUCUUCGAUUAAUACUCUCACCAUCUUUGGCUAAAAACUGUCUACAAGUUGCUUCAAAAGCGCUUCUACUCUACUCUACAUCCGGAGAGCAGCAGUUUCAACGAUGCAAAAGGGCUCGUAGUGGACUCAUAUUUCCAGUAGGAAGAAUAUUUGGUUGGUUGGUUGAAAUGAAAGUUUCACGUCGUGUUUAUGAUGCCGCCGCAAUCUACCUGUCAGCUGCAUUGGAAUUCAUAGCAGAAGAAACUGUGUACAGAGCGGUGCUGCUUACUAAAGAUACAGUGGACCAAGUCACUCCUGAGAUGAUUGAAGAUUGCAUCAAUUCUGACCCAGACCUCUGGUGUUUGUAUCAACCGUACGUUCACCUUUUAUCGGGGAGAACAUCUUUUGGAUUGAUUGAUACUCUCGAGAUUUAUGCGUGCAGAAACAAAAGUGAUAAAUCUACAACUAAACCUAAGAAAGCCAUCGAACCUUACUUUAUUACGACUUGUGUGAGUUCUGUGGACGAGUUGAAGGAGAUAUUGCCUCGUGUUCAACAUCGUUUCAGUCAGAUGGACCAGUAUAAAGAGAAUCGAAUGUUAUGUCAAGUGGAGUGGUUACCAAGUGCACUGGAUACACUAUUUUAUUUCAUGACCUGCCACCACAACCAGGACAGUAACAUCCCAAUACACAUACUGUGGAACAAUAAAAGGACUCAUCACGGUCUUCCACCUCUUACUGAAUGGAUUCGAGUGGCUGGUGUCCAUGCAGAUCACAGAUCUAGUGGUAUGGUGGAUGAUGAUGACGUCAGACAAGCAGCAAGACUACUCCUGCCUUUUAACAUUUGUAAUUACCGAGUAUUUGGGCCUGACAGUUCUCGCUGCGCUUCAAGGGCAAUGACGUCAUCAGAGGCAGAAAUGUCCUUCAAAAUGAACCUUGGAUUGCGCAUGCUCCUUAGCGGACGAAACGAUCUGGUAUCGAAAGCACUUGCGAUCUCUGGAAACAACGAAGGAAAUUCAUUGGACGAAAGGUGCUUGACACCACUAAUGUAUGCCUGUGCGCAAGGGAACACUGUUCUUGUUCAAACAAUGGUGAACAAUCACGUCCUAUUGGACACCAAGGUUCCCCGAGACAAAAAACCUUACCCUUUAUGCGACCCAGGUCUCUCUUCAUGGACGGCUCUAUCUUUUGCUGUAACAAAAGGACAUUUAAAGAUCUGUCAGAUGUUAUUGGAUGCUGGCGCAAAUGUUGACGGUGCUCUCGAUACCAGUGACAUUAGUGAAGGAGUGGAAACACCGUUACAAAUGGCUGUAACAGCAGGUAACUAUGACCUGGUCGCUUUGCUGUGUGCUCGUAAGGCGGAUGUUAACGUUGUUUUUCCUGUUGGUGUUGGUAAACUUGGAUUUGGUAGUCCCUUUGCCGCGGCUGCAGCGUUUGGUUAUCGUAAAAUCUUACGAAAGUCGCUCGCCGAAGCUCCUUCUACUCAAGAAGAUGAGAUGAUGUCAUUAGCAGAGAUUCUAGCUGAAGGGUCACCAUCUUGCCUGGAUAAAGCUAAACGUUCUCUAAGUAAGAAAAGAUGCAGAGCUUUACAGGAAGCCAUGUAUCAUAGUUGUGAACAUGGCUAUUUAGACGUUGCUAUGGAGAUAAGAAGUCUUGGAGUAUCAUGGAACCUUCACUGCUGGUCUCAAGCUCUUUUCCAAGCUUACAACCUAAACAUUACGUCAUCUAUGACUUCACAGAUUCGAUGUUUACUACGUGAUUUUCACUCCAUUUCACAAUCGGACUAUACCGCUGAAUUUUGUGACGAUGGACUCACUUUGCUCUUUACGAUAUUCAAGGAAUGUCAGGAUCAAGAGCUUUUGCAAGAACUGGCCUCUGUCCUCUCCAGUUGCUAUGGUGACGAGUUUUUGCCACUGAUAAAAGAACUACCGAGCACAACCACAGAAGUAAUAAAGAUAGGUGCCAAUUACGUGAACAAUCACGAAAUGGCUGACGUCACGUUUAUCGUUGAAAAUCAACCCUUCUACGGACACAGGAUCAUCCUGACAGCUGCUUCUAGUGCUUUUAAGGAGAUUCUUUCUUCGAAGCCACGUGAUCAUCAGGAUUCGAGUAUCGAGAUCCCGGAUAUAAAAUAUGACAUUUUCUCGCUUUUGAUGCAACAUGUGUACACGGGACGAGUAGACGACAUAACAGCAAAGCACGCUGGGAAACUGGUCGAGUUACUCCAUGCUUCGUUCGUGUUCAAGUUGAAAGCUCUUCAACGUCACUGCGAAAAGCUGCUAUCAGAAAACGUGCACAGUAAAAAUGUGAUAAAGAUAUAUAAAUGUUCCAGACGCUACAAAGCAGACAGCCUUGCUCUUUAUUGCGAGUGUUUUAUUCUAUCAAACAUGAAAGACGUGGUAGUGCAUGGAGAUUUAGGUGCACUGAUCUUGACUGACCAGGGGUCAGCGACUUUGUCCUCACUGCAUCGUUGCCUGUCUGAACGUAUCAAGGCAAGAGUAAGUAGUUCUCCACGGAAAUCGUUAUUUUGAACGGUUCAAGAUCAAGGUCACGGCAACCACAAACCGACUGACCGACCUACCAUGCGUGCUAUUUUUGUCUUCUUCACGAAUAAUCGCAUUCAACUAAAUUUAGAGAUAAAGUUUUCAAUUAUAUAUAAUAUAUUUCUAUAUUUGACCCGAUGAACGACGGGCAGUGUUGAAUGACACAGCGGGAACACCUGAUGGUUAACGUUUCAUCUUAUUGUCUCAUAAGAAAGAUAAACACUAAAGUCUUGAUCAUGAAGCAGCAAUUUUUUACUUUUUAAAAGAAAGGAAAAAAAUGGAUAAACUAGUGGUGUUCCUCGAUCUGUACAAUCCGGACAUCAGAGUUUUGUCGACAUGGUUAUUUGGGAUGUCCCGCGUGAGACGGGAUUACGUGGGCGUUUAGUACAAAUAAAGUAGUCUUGUGGUUGAGCCAGCAUCUCAUCUAUUAUUAACAAGCUAGAAACAAACUAUAGUAUACACAACACAAUGAAUCAGCUUAUUCAUAUCAACCAGUAUACUAUUAACUCUGUCAUUACUCGACGUACGUACGGCAAGACCUGACCUGACUAAGAUAAUGGCGCAAAACUACAUUGGUUCAUAUGAAUACAGCACUGAAAACACUGCCAUCAACAGAUCAAUGAAGUUUUCAGCGGAGCGCAAGGGAGUGCGCUGGUCAUCCAAGCUGGUAGAGGUUUUGUAUUUUGACCCAAGUUCCCAUACGACACUGUUAGUACAAAGAUCGUGUACCGCGGCCAAGACAUUGGAACAAGCACUGAUAAGUGUAGCUUCUGCACAGUAUUUGGAUACAAAUGUUGUAACGAAUAGUGAAAUGCUACGAACAUAUGCUAUGCAAACACAGGAGGAAGAAUGGGUAUAGACAAGGCAUCAUGAGCAUUUAUUUAAAGCCUUUGGUCGCUACUAUAUAUAUAUGACGUAUUUUAUGGCCAUGUGCAUGCAUUCAGGAACAAACUUGUUUGUAUUGCGCAGUUUGCUAACUCGGGGGGUAGGAAAUCCGGGAUGAGUAACUGAGAAUGAUGCAAGAUCUGGCGAUGACUCAAGCUACAGAAAGAGUGAAAAUUACUUUAUGUUUUGACAUAUAAGUAACAAUGAAUGUACAGGCCAACUGAGCCAUACAAGACAAAAAUAGCUGUUAUGAUAAAUGAACCGUAUGCAGACAGGUGUUCAACGACAAAUGUACCACAAGUACUUGCAAACCCGAUCUUUCUAGAAAUUUGUAGAAGUGGACUUUGAAACUAUAUAUAAUUAACAAGAUUAAAUGUGAACCAAUGACUAGCACGUUAACAAAACAGAUCUUGAUAAGCUUAGUUUAUGUAUUCCUUGAGAUUUAGACUCAAUACAAGAGCUAUAAAUAUUUCUAAUUACCGACGCAUGCCCUUGGCAUUGACCUAAGAUAACGCUAAGAUCUAAAGAUGUAACAACGAAACCUUUUGCUGGGCUGGGAUAGACUGGCAAGUUAUAGACAAUAUUAUUUUCCAAAAUAAAUGAAAUUAUCCAAUUUGAA